AAACGGUCACACUGUCCAACAGCUGAUUUUAACACGCAGUUGCUUGUGUUUUUCCGUUCUCUUCGAAUUUCACAACAAUUGGUCUAUUCAUUGAUUUAUUUUAGUGACAACCACUAGUUCAGCCUAAAAUGUCUCUGGUUCGAAAUUCCUCCCGGCUGCUGCAAUCGACGUUGAAGCGUGUGCAGAGUGUGCCGGUGGCAUUAUAUCACGAAAAUGUCGUUGAACACUACGAAAACCCGCGCAACGUGGGCUCGCUGGACAAGAAAGACGUCACUGUGGGCACCGGCCUGGUCGGAGCACCCGCCUGCGGCGAUGUGAUGAAACUACAGAUCAAGGUGGACGAGAACGGCAAGAUUGUGGAUGCCAAGUUCAAGACCUUCGGCUGUGGAUCGGCCAUCGCCAGCAGUUCCCUGGCCACCGAGUGGGUGAAGGGAAAGUCCAUUGACGAAGCCGGCAAACUGAAGAACACUGACAUCGCCAAGGAGCUGCGCCUGCCCCCCGUCAAGCUGCACUGCUCCAUGCUGGCCGAAGAUGCCAUCAAAGCUGCCCUGGCCGACUACAAGGUCAAGCAGCAGAAGAAGGAGGCCAUCUAGGGGGGGCGGAAUGGAAUCUGUGAAUGUAGUAGAGCGCAUCUCUGAACAACUACUAAAAAAACAGCUAUAAGUAAAUUACAAUACAAUACAGUACCAUAUACUAUAAACAUACUUGGCAUUAGGUCGUAGUAUGCGAUUAUUCGCUAGAGCUCUGUGAGUGAUUGGCCGCGUGACUGCUGAUAGGUGCAUAGGAGUAUAGGAUACGACAUUCAUUGAUACUGACGGAUAGCUGGAACUGAUCUUGUAUGAAUGCAUGUCCACGUGUGUAUUUUAAAGGGGAAUUCUAUGUAAUCCCAUGAGCUAAUUAAAUUGUCUGUUCUGUUAUGCAAAAUAUAAUCUUGCUUCGAAAAAAAUAAAACAUUCCCGUUGGAAUAAAAAGUA